AUGAAUAAUCAAACUAGCGCCCAUGACUCCACGCCGAGUCUCAUUGGUGAAUACGAAUCUGGAUUUUCAAAUUCAAAUAUCAGUUUAUCGAAUAGUAGUAAUACUCAUAUGCACCAUAAUAAAAACAAUAUGAAUACUCAUAACAAUAUUAGCGUCACUGAUAAUACUAUGAUGAAUGAGGAUGAACUGAUUAUAAAGAAUAAAAUCCUAAGAGAAAAGAUUAGGGAAAAUCAAACAAAAAUUAAAAAAUUUCAAAAUGAUAUUCGUUCAUUAUACAACUUAACUCUCAACCAUUCAGAUUCAAAAUCAAAUAUUGUCAUGGAUGUUAAUAUUCCAUUUGAAACAUUAUUGAAUAAUGUGAAGAGUUUACCGGAAUAUAUAGAUCUUCAAAAUGAAUAUUCUCCAGUUAAUCUAAAACCUGUUUUACAAGAGAGGAAACCAAGACCCAGCAGAAAUGUUAAAGAUUUGGAUCUUGAUUUGAAGUUGCCCCAAAGGUACUAUGACAGAAAUCAAGCUGUAAAUUCACCCACUAUCACUACUACUGCUGUUUCUACAGUCACUACCACCCCUAAUCCAGCUUCAACUGUUAAUACUAAUACCACAAAUAAUACUAUGAAAGAUACUCCUUCUAAAAAUAAUAUAACUAUAACUGACCGUGAUGAACUUGCAGCAUUAGCCGCACCAGCUACUUCUGUAUCUUAUACCACUUCAAGGAUAUCUAUUUCAUCUCCAAAUAAGAAAAAAAUGAACGUUCCUUCAAAUACAAUUGCCCCCACAUUUGCAUCUGCUAAUACAACAUCAGCUCCCACAAAUACAUCAAAAACAAUAACUGAGCCUCCUGCACAAAAGAGUUCGUUUGAAAAUGAAUCUACAAAAUCACCAAUGGUUUCAGAUACAACACCAAGUCAUAGCAUAUCGAGUAAUAUACCAGGCUUGAAAAUUGCACGUACACCAUUACAAAAUAAUGGAUCUACAUUUAAUAAUGCAAAUAAUACAGAUUUCUCAAAACCAAAUUCAAUUGAUUUUUCACCCACAUCCACUAGUCAAUCUCAAUCCCAAUUGAACUUAUUUAAUAGUUUGAUGGAUACAGCUUUUGAUGGUACAGAAACCAAGGAUAGAAAUUCAAAUGAUGAUAAUCGUUUAAGUUUCUCUUUGCAUAGCUCAGAUUUGAAAAAAUCAACAACUGUUACUACUACAACCUCAUCCAUAAGAACUUACGUACCUUCAAACGAUAAUGUGAUAGAGAAAUCCAUCUCAAAUUCUAAUUUACAAGCAUCAACUACUACAACUUAUAAAUCACCAUCUCCUAGAAGAAAAUCUGCGAUUGAUUUUAGAUCUCCUUCCACAAGAAGAAACUCUUCAAUAAUGUCAAUGCCAAAAUCAGAUAUACCGUUAUUUGUUCAGCCUUCAGAAAUUGAUACUAUUAAACUUGAAGUGCUCAGUACUUUGUAUUCAGAAAAUGAAAAAAUACACGAUGAUCCAAGCUCCAUUUUAUCACUAUUCAGUGUAAUUGAUCGAAGUUCUGACAAGGAGAUGUUCAAAUUUUCCAAAAACCCACAACAAAUAUAUGAUUUGGCAAAAUUCAUUCAUUCUGAUAUGCCUUCACAACCAUUUCCUAAAUUACCAUCAAAACAAACUUUUGAAUCCUUUAUACCAGCAAAAAUUGACUAUCGAUUAAAUUUACUAAAUGAAUAUUUUCGAAUGUUAUCAAACUUACCUGUACUAACCCCGAAGACUUCUUUUAAAGUUGCUGAAUUUUUAAGUACUGAUACUGUUAUGCGUCCAUUAAUACUAGAUGAUGAAGAAACAAUUGAAGGUCCCCUUAUUAUGAGAAAAACCAAAACAUUGGGCAAUACUACCCCUUGGAAAUUGAAACAUGGUGUAUUAGACAAUGGUGAAAUUAAAGUCUACGAAAAUUCUAUAAAGACUGAUGAAAUUAGAUUAAAGCAAGCAAAUCUAGAAAUUAUGCAAAACUCUCAUGAUGAUAGAAAUGGCGCAAAAAAUGGUUUCAUAAUUACUGAACAUAAAAAAAGUGCUUUAACGGCUAAUCCUAAGUACUUCUUUUGUACUGAAACAUUAAAGCAACGUGAAAAUUGGAUUAAGCAUAUUAGUAUUUACAUGGAAAAUGAAAUUAUAAUGCCAACAAACUCUAGAUCGUCUGAGUCUAUCUCUACGUCAGAUAAAAUUGCAAAUGAAGUACCGACAACUCCAUCAAACAUAGCAACCUCAACCGCACCUUCAAUUGCUGAUAAGGAUCAAACUAGAAAUGAAUCUAUAUCUUCCUUUGGUCCCACAUUUGUGACAGACUUAUCUGGUGGUUCUCCAUAUUCAGCAGUGAACAAUUCUAAUACUAUUUCUAAUAAAGGUAACGAUGCCAAUCCUUUAACAAAGAAUGAAAGUCCAACACUAAGCACAGUUAAUAGCAGUUCUUCCUCUGUAAAUGGUUCACAGACAUCUAGUGUAAACUCUGAUAAGAAAAAGAUCAAAAUGAGAAAUUUAUUCCCAUUUAAAAAAGUUCCAAAUAGUCAAAUGAACAAUACGAACAAUAAUAGUAAUAGUAACAAUAAUAAUACUAACAGUUCAAGUCCAUUAGAACCGAUGCCAGAGAAUGCAGAGUUAGAUACGUCUGCAGCGCCCAAUUUUAUUUUAAAUAUUACUAAUAAUAAUACCAAUAGUCUAUCAACUACCAUGUUCGAUCCAUCUAAAUUUAUGUUCGGUGCCCCAAUCGAAGUUCAAUUAAAACUAAGUUCACAUCUUUAUAAGAAUAGAUUUCAAAUACCUUCAGUUAUUUUUAGAUGUGUUGAAUUUCUAUAUAAAAAGAACUGUUUAAAAAGUGAUGGUAUUUUCCGUUUAAGUGGCUCAAGUAUUCUGAUCAAAGCAGUACAAGAAGUAUUUGAUAGAGAAUUUGAUAUUGAUUUACUUGAUCCAAAUGAAUUAAACAAACAUGAAGGCUUAACUAACAUUGAUGUUAAUGUAGUUUGCAGUUUAUUGAAAUUAUAUUUGAGAAAGUUACCUCAUUCCAUUAUUGGUGAUGAAAAUUUCAAUGUAUUCAAUGGAAUUGUAGAAAGAUUUAAUGGACAAGAUGAAGUUAUUGCAUUGGAGUAUAGAAACCUCGUUAAAAAUGGUGUAAUUAAGAAGGAUAAUUUAGGUUUAUCGUAUGCAUUAUUCGAUUUAUUAAACAAUGUGAUACAAAAUAAAACAUUCAAUAGAAUGGGGUUAAGAAAUCUUUCCAUUGUAUUCUCAACAACAUUACAGAUUCCUGCAAACAUAUUACAACCGUUUAUUGUUGACUUCAAUUGUAUAUUUGAAGGUGGAUUACCAUUAGAUGACGUUUCGAGAAGACAAUUCAUGGAGUAA